UAAUGGGUGGGGUGUUAAACCCAAAUCCCUCUUCUCUCACACAGAAACAGAAUCAUCUCUUCUAGUUCUUCUUCCCAAUCUAAAUUCCCAAAUUACCUUCCCAAUCAAAUAGCUAUGGUGACAGCACGAACCACUCCUUCUCAUCCUUCAUACGAAGAGAUGAUUAAGGAUGCGAUUGUGACGUUGAAGGAGAGAACAGGUUCGAGCCAGUACGCGAUCACGAAGUUCAUCGAAGAGAAGCACAAGAAGGUUCCGGCGAAUUUCAGGAAGCUAUUGCUCUACCAUUUGAAGAAGCUUGUUGCAUCUGGAAAGCUUGUCAAGGUGAAAGCCUCCUUCAAGCUUCCGCCGAAGGCGGCGGCGAAGUCUGCAGAAGUGUCUAAGCCCAAAACUGUGGCGGCUAAGGUGAAGAAAGUUGUGGCGGUUACGCCCAAGCCUAAGGCUGCUGCUUCGAAGGCAAAAGCUGCUGCUCCGGCGAAGCCCAAGCCCAAAGUGUCUGCGAAGCCCAAGGCUGGUGUAAAACCGAAGCCCAAGAAGAGUCCGGCGAAGGCUACAAGGACGUCGACAAGGACAUCGCCGGGGAAGGCUGUGAAGAAAGCUCCGGUGAAGAGCGUGAAGUCUCCGACGAAGAAGAAGGCUGCGGUGAAAAGAGGGGGAAGGAAAUGAAAAUUAUUUAAAGGGUAGUUUGUUUUAGGGGUAAUUUUGUAAAGAUCAUUAUGACAUUAUCCUUUGGUUUAGUUGGAUUUACAUAUAAUUGAUAGUCAAUGAAACAUGAUUUUAUGAUUAUUAUUAUUA